AAUACGCGGAAGUGACAGGCGGAAGCAGCCUCGACGGAAGCGGUUUAGUCUGUCAGGGGAGGAAAUUUUUGCAGAAUUUGCCACAAAGAGGUUUAUCCCAUCAAAUCAUUCCCCCUCUCCUCGACAUAAGCGGCUGCUGCGAUGAUCCUGUUAGAAAUCAAUAACCGCAUUAUAGAAGAGACAUUGACGUUGAAGUUCGACGGCGCAUCCAACGGAACCAAGCCAGAGGCCGUUGAAGUGACUUUUGCGGAUUUUGAUGGCGUCCUGUACCACAUCUCUAACCCUAACGGGGACAAGACCAAAGUGAUGGUCAGCAUCUCCCUCAAGUUCUACAAGGAGCUGCAGGAACAUGGAGCUGACGAGCUGCUCAAGAGAGUUUACGGAAGUUUCCUGGUUUCACCUGAAUCUGGCUAUAAUGUGUCCCUCCUCUAUGACCUGGAUGCACUACCAGCCAACAAAGAUGAGGUUAUCCACCAGGCAGGGAUGCUGAAGAGGAACUGCUUCGCUUCAGUGUUCGAAAAAUAUUUCAAGUUCCAGGAAGAGGGCAAAGAGGGCGAGAAGAGAGCUGUCGUCCACUACAGAGAUGAUGAGUCCAUGUAUGUGGAGGCCAAGAAAGACAGAGUGACUGUGGUUUUCAGCACAGUGUUCAAAGACGACGAUGAUGUCAUCAUUGGUAAAGUCUUCAUGCAGGAGUUCAAAGAGGGUCGGCGAGCCAGCCACACUGCCCCCCAGGUGCUGUUCAGCCACAGGGAGCCUCCCCUGGAGCUGAAGGACACGGAUGCCGCCAUCGGAGACAACAUCGGAUACAUCACCUUUGUGCUGUUCCCACGUCACACCAAUGCCAAUGCUAGAGACAACACCAUCAACCUCAUCCACACCUUCAGGGACUACCUGCACUACCACAUAAAGUGCUCCAAGGCCUACAUUCACACACGUAUGAGGGCCAAGACGUCAGACUUCCUCAAGGUGCUGAACCGCGCUCGACCUGACGCUGAGAAGAAAGAGAUGAAGACCAUCUCCGGAAAGACUUUCUCCCGCUGAGACCCGACCCUCCUCUCCCAUCAGAUUAAUCCAAACGCGCCGCACUCGGACUCAAAACGCCAUCGGACAGGACUCCAGGAUGCCUCGAAAAGCCCCUCCCAGCCGCUAAAAUGUGUCCACUUGUUUGUUGUGUAAAUGAAUAAUAAUGUUGGCUGUAUUUACUGAAAGCCAAGUCUCAAGAUAAUGGAAAUGGGCAUUCCUUGCUUUGCAGAGUAAAAGAGAAUUAAUAGUCCUAUAUAAAUAUAUAUAUGAAAAAAUGACAUUUUUGAUACGAUAUCUUUUACUCCAUUUGGUACUCUUGCUUGACCCUCAACCCUUACCAUGCAACAUCCAUGUAUGGAUAUUUUCAACCCCUCUCCCUCCCCGUCUUUGUGCUUUCAUGUCGUCUGUACCAUUGUCAUUUGGAAAAAAUGAAAUAAAUCACUCUUACAAAAAUACAUCCUGGUGCUUUGUUUGAGUGGCUUUAUCAUGCCUGUGCAACCACUGAUGUUAAUAUAAUGAGACCUGUUGUAAUUUAUUUUGUGGCAAUAUUACAGGUAAA